ACACUAUUCUAAUAAAACAGUGUUGAAUUCAUUGUUUUUAAACACAAGAAGAUGGAAGAAUUUAUAGAAAAGCCACCUUGCCAAAUUUUAUAUCGACAAUCUUCGUUGGAAACUCGCUUAUCUCCCGUUCACUUGUCUGAAGAAUCAUCCGAAUCAAGUGAUGAGGAAGUGGAAAAUGUUAACACCACACCCAAAAUAGUGAACGUUAAAAUAAAAACACCAGUAGAAAAAUGCAACGAAAACGAGGAGGAAAAAUUAACAGCGGUAUAUUUAAUGAAAAGCAUCACACCACCAAAACAACAAACUCCCCAAGAGAAAUGUCAAAGUGAGUUGGAAAUGGCGACACUUCGGCCUAAAUCACCCAGGCCUGUGGGGCCCAAAAACGAUAAGGAGGAGUCGAUUUGGGACAAGCUUGGUACACUUGGGCGCAAGAAACGCAUCAAGGAAGUGCAAGAAGUGCAAGCUGAGGGCAAAUAUGCGAUUGAUUCUCCGGGGCAUCCCACAAACCCUAUCACACCGCCAGAAGAGUACGAUUUGGAGGACAAUGAGGAGCGCUGCAUGGUGGAGCCCCGGUCGUACGACGACCCCAAAUUCAGGGAACUUUCCCAAGUACUGAUCGACUGGAUCAAUGACGAAUUGGCCUCACAGCGAAUCAUUGUGCAAGACCUAGCUGAGGACUUGUAUGAUGGGCAAGUGUUGCAAAAACUUCUCGAAAAGCUAACAAAUGACAAACUCGACGUUCCCGAAGUCACCCAGUCUGAAGAAGGCCAAAAGCAGAAACUUUCGGUCGUUUUGGCACAUUUCAACCAGGUUUUGGGGGUGCAGCGUUUGGGGCACAAGAAAUGGAGUGUGGAGGCUAUUCAUUCAAAAAAUAUCGUCCCAAUUUUGCAUUUAUUGGUCGCUUUGGCGCGACAUUUCAGACCACCAGUUCGUCUUCCUGAACAUGUCUCUGUCACAGUUGUGGUGGUCCAGAAAGUGGGGGGCCAAUUGAGUCACAGAAUUGUUAAAGAAAGCAUUACCACUGCCUAUGAUGAUGUCGGGAUGAGGUGUGAGAGGGAUGCGUUUGAUACGUUGUUUGAUCAUGCCCCCGAUAAACUCCAAGUUGUAAAAAAGAGUCUCGUAACAUUCGUCAACAAACACUUGAACAAAAUCAAUUUGGAAGUGAGUGAUCUUGAAACUCAAUUCCAUGAUGGGGUCUAUUUAAUUAUGUUGAUGGGUCUUUUGGAGGGAUUUUUUGUACCUUUGUACAGCUUCCAUCCUACUCCAAGGGAUUUUGAGCAAAAAGUUCACAACGUCUCGUUCGCUUUUGAACUCAUGGAAGAAGUUGGGUUGAAAAGACCAAAAGCACGACCUGAAGGUACUUCCGUUAGGUUCGCAAGUAAAAAAACCGGGGGAAGUACCCAAAAUACGCACACGAAAGUGCGCCCCAAACAUCGCGGCUGGAAAGUGCAGGAUGGGCACAGGGUUGAGGCUGGUUCCAUUUUAGCGACUCAACGCAAUUUACGUUUUCAUCCCGGGUUAAAUGUGGGUUUUGGCCGCAAUGGCACUUUAUUUGCUAUAGUUCCAGGCCGUGUUGUGGUAACUUGUGAAAAAGUUGAUCUUAAUUGGACUCAUACUUGGGUGCAGCGGUGUCACGGUUUGAGACAAGACAAGGAGUUUUAUAAGAAAUAUUUCAAUAUUUUGCCGGACAAGCAGCAUCAAAAUUUUAAACUAAUUGAUCAAAUUUGAUUGUGUAGUUAAUAGAUAAUGAAAUAAAACAGUGUCUUAGGCAUCUAUCCAAUUUAUUGUUAUGUAAGAUAUUUUUUCGUUUUGUGAGGUUGCUAAGACUGCGCGUUUUUUCACAGCAGUUGCUAGUCGUCCGAAAGACACGAUUUCGCUCGAAUGCAUAACAUCAUCAGGGUUAUCAAUACAAUGGACUAUGAAAAUAGCAUGAUAUGCAAUUGGGUCUCCUA